CGUUUGAUCGGGUCAGGAACCCAAUCCAACUGUGCUGUCAUUCACAGCUAGCUACUACUAGCAUCCAACUGAUUAAAGUACGGUUGUCUGUGGCCCAACUGUACGAAUGAUUGGCAGCUCACUUGGCCGCGAUGAUAGAUAUGAUUUAGCGCGUACGCUAGCUAAUGCUUAGCUGACGGGAAACCGGCCGUGUCCGCGGUGCAUAAAGCUGAAGAAUCAAAUGAAGCUGGACGCACGUUGGGUUGGGUGGGAGAUCGAAUCGAAUCAAUUCUCUUGUUGGCUCGUUCGUUGGGUGAGCCAGCGCUGUCGCCGAUGGCAACGGGCGGGCACGUAUGCGCCCAACUCCCCGGGAAAAAGUCGUUGAUGUUUGGUGGGACUUUGUUCCUUAGGCAGGUCGAAGUCAUUUCUCAAUUUGAAAGCGAGGCCAGAAGAAAGAAAGAAAGGGCUUAGCCACCUUAAGCAUCCCGUCAUCUGCAGCACAGUGAUGAACCGAUGAUAAACAUUUUGGUUCAACAAACACAAGAAAAGGACGUGCUCGGUGGCCGACUAAUACGUGUUCCAAACUGCCACUGGCCAGAGGCAGGGCACGUCCCUGUUGAGCCAGAUAGGUGCAGCGUGUUCCUCUUUGCGUCCCAGCACAGCACAGCACAGUACAUCUUCUAGUCUAGUACAGUAGUAGGAGUAUAUCACUGUCCGUAUCCGCACACGUUGCCGUCUGCAUGAACGGGCAGAGAGGCAAGCUGUUGAGCCUCACGUAACCUUCUUCCGUGUCUUUGGCCGGACUGUUCAAAGAUGGAGAAGUAGCAGUUCUAUUCUGGACGGAGUCUCAAGGAUUCGAACCGGCCGGUCUGACUCAACCUGUUCGGUGCGGUGUGGUAGGAGCACAGAUUUGUCUGUCGGCGUGUGGUUGGAGGAGGAGCAGCCGGCGACGACCAGGGAAAAUAAAGAUGCCAGCUUUGCUCCCCACCCCCCCAGCUUCAUCUCCUAGACACGACGGUGACCUGUGAAAUCCCGUGGAACGCGUGGAGGAGCAACAAUUAAUGGCGGCCGCUUCACCGCGACCGAGGGUGGAUCUCAUCUCCCCUCACACGUGACCGUUUUUGAGUUCAGGAGAGCCGAUACUACGUCAUACUCCUCCCUCCCUCCCUCCCUCCUAGUAGUGCCCAAUUAGGAGGGGAGGCGGCCGGCAGCAGGGAGAGGUCCACUCCACCCCAUCCACCGCGCCAGCCCGGCAAUGGAGCUGCUGUGCAAGGCGCCGGUGCUGAGCUGCGGCGCCAGGAGGGUCCGGGGGGGCGGAACGGGGUCGCCCAUGGGCCCGCUGGCGGGCGCGCUGGGGAGGUGGAUCUACGGGGCAGUGAAGCCGCCGCCGCCGCCGCCGCGGAUCUGCGGGACGCCCGGCGGGCCCCCGGUGACGGCGCCCAGGGUCCGGCUCAGCGACGGCCGCCACCUCGCCUACGCCGAGUCCGGGGCGCGCAAGGAGGACGCGCGCUACAAGGUCGUCUUCUCCCACGGCUUCACCGGCUCCCGCCACGACACCAUCCGCCCCUCGCUGGAAGUGGCUGAAGAGCUAGGCGUGUACAUGGUGGGUUUCGACCGUGCCGGAUAUGGCGAGAGUGACCCGAACCCUAACCGAUCUGUGAAAAGCGCAGCGCUCGACGUCGAGGAGCUUGCUGACGCACUAGGAUUAGGCCCUAAAUUCUACGUGAUCGGCAUCUCCCUUGGCUGCCAUGCUGUCUGGGGCGCCCUCAAGUACAUCCCUGAAAGGAUUGCUGGAGCUGCAAUGAUGGCUCCGGUGGUGAACUACUGGUGGCCGGGCUUCCCUGCGGAUCUUGCCGCGGAGGUGUACAACAAGCAGGAGGUGGGCGACCAGUGGGCGCUGCGUGUGUCACAUUACGCCCCUGGCAUCCUCCACUGGUGGAUGGAUCAGAGCUGGCUGCCCACCUCCACCGUCGUGGCCGGCACCACGCCGCUCCCCAAUAAGCGCGACGCCGAGAUCCGCGCCAAGCUCAAGGCCGAUGGCACAUUCCAGCAGAAGAUGGAACUGGCAACACAGCAGGGCAUCCACGAGUCGUACUACCGCGACAUGAUGGUGAUGUUCGGCAAGUGGGAGUUCGACCCGAUGAGCCUGCCGAAGCCGCCUUGCCCCGUGCACAUCUGGCAGGGCGACGAGGACGGCCUGGUGCCCGUGGUGCUGCAGAGGCACAUCGCCAGCCGGCUCAGCUGGGUGAACUACCAUGAGCUCCCCGCGACCGGGCAUUUCCUGUCGCCGGUCCCCGGGCUAGGUGACACCGUUCUCCAGACCCUUUUCGGCAAUGCUAAGCAAUGAUCAGCAGCAACAGCAGCUCUGAACAUACUACGUUGCUGAAGUAUAGCGUUCUUCGGGUGCAUUGUUUUAUUCUAAGGUGGUCAGGUUAUCGCUGAUUAGCGACGAUGUUAUAGGUGAAAUGGUGGUGUAACAUCAAGUGUUUUUUGUGGUGGAAAUCGCGCGGCCAGGAUGUGCGCGCAAAAUAUGUAAUUGAACCUUGGAAACGAGAAAGUAGUGGAACUACUAUACCAUGAUGAUCUUACCUUUUACUCCGUUA